CUGCACGCACCGUGCCGGCGGCGGGACUGCGCAUGCGUGUCCCUGGCGUUGGCGGCGGACCGGGCCGGCAGUGCACUCCUCGGAAGGAGCGAUCCGUCUGCCAUGGAGUCCUACGACGUGAUCGCCAACCAGCCUGUUGUGAUCGACAACGGAUCCGGUGUGAUUAAAGCUGGUUUUGCUGGUGAUCAGAUCCCAAAAUACUGCUUCCCAAACUAUGUGGGCAGACCCAAGCACGUUCGUGUCAUGGCAGGCGCCCUUGAAGGAGACAUCUUCAUCGGCCCCAAAGCGGAGGAGCACCGAGGGCUGCUGUCCAUCCGCUACCCCAUGGAGCAUGGCAUCGUCAAGGACUGGAAUGAUAUGGAGCGCAUCUGGCAGUAUGUCUAUUCUAAAGACCAGCUGCAGACCUUCUCAGAGGAGCAUCCUGUGCUCCUGACUGAGGCUCCUUUAAACCCGCGGAAAAAUCGAGAACGAGCUGCUGAAGUUUUCUUCGAGACCUUCAAUGUGCCCGCUCUUUUCAUCUCCAUGCAAGCUGUACUUAGCCUUUAUGCCACAGGCAGGACCACAGGCGUGGUGCUGGACUCUGGCGAUGGCGUCACCCACGCCGUGCCCAUCUACGAAGGGUUUGCCAUGCCUCAUUCCAUCAUGCGCAUUGACAUCGCUGGCCGGGAUGUCUCUCGCUUCCUUCGCCUAUACCUGCGCAAGGAGGGCUACGAUUUCCAUUCGUCCUCCGAAUUUGAGAUUGUCAAGGCCAUAAAAGAAAGAGCCUGCUACCUGUCCAUAAACCCCCAGAAGGACGAGACGCUGGAGACAGAGAAGGCUCAGUACUACUUGCCCGACGGCAGCACCAUUGAGAUCGGUCCUUCCCGGUUCCGGGCCCCAGAGCUGCUGUUCAGGCCGGACUUGAUUGGCGAGGAGAGUGAGGGCAUCCACGAGGUCCUGGUGUUCGCCAUCCAGAAGUCCGACAUGGACUUGCGGCGCACACUGUUCUCCAACAUUGUCCUCUCGGGAGGUUCCACAUUGUUCAAAGGUUUUGGUGACAGGCUCCUGAGUGAAGUGAAGAAACUGGCUCCCAAAGACGUGAAGAUCCGGAUAUCUGCCCCUCAGGAGAGACUGUAUUCCACAUGGAUUGGGGGCUCUAUCCUCGCCUCUCUGGACACCUUUAAGAAGAUGUGGGUCUCCAAGAAGGAAUAUGAGGAAGAUGGUGCCCGAUCCAUCCACAGGAAAACCUUCUAAUGUUAAGACAUCAUCUUUACCUCUCUCUGAAGUUAACUCCACUUUCAACUCGCUUUCUUGAGUCGGAGUGAUUGGGAGGAACUGCCUGUGUGUGUGAGUGUGUGUGUGUAGGUACGAAUGUGGCACAGCCGGUGCCAUGUGGCCCAGGGAUCUCCAGGCCCAGGAAGGACAAUGAAUACCCACGAUGGCAACAGCCAAGGCCUGGCCCUGACCACUACUGGGCCCUGGCAGGGAGGACUGCUGGCAGAGGCCCAGUCCUUCCUCAGCUGGGCCUUCAUCUGGCUGUGGGGUUUGGUUACCACCGCAGGGAGACUUGCUGCUGUCCACCCCAGACUGGCUGGCCCACGCUGCCCCACCCCAGGGUGCUGUGAAGCUGAGCUGCUGCCUAUCCUUGGCACCCUCCUUCUGUCCUUGAUUUUGAUGGUGAACUGUGGACUGGGUCAGGGUUAGGAUCUGUCUGGGCUGGCUGGCUUCAGUCACAAGAAGCUAUAAAACUGCUCUAGAGCGGUGAGAUGGUCGGGAGGCAGCAGGGGACCUCACGUCCAGUUGGGUCCAGGACCUCAUGAGGCAUGGUGAGAGAUGGUCGGGAGGCAGCAGGGGACCUCACAUCCAGUAGGGUCCAGGACCUCAUGAGGCGCAUGGGGAGGGCAGUGAUGACAGCUGCGACUGGCUGCAGAGUUAACGUUCCACACCUGGCCCAUCUCUGGGAUCUUGGGAAAGCUGAGGAGACUAUCAGCUACAGGUCCUUUUCCUCUCUUUUCAUCCAUCUUUGUUUCAAUGCCAUCCUGGCAGGUUUAUUUAUUGAAGUAUUUGUUCAGUCGGGGCUGGGAGCCCAGGGCUCCUUGCCAUCUGCCUGCCAGCCACCGUGUCACACUAAUGUUUACAGCGUAGCUUCCAGGGCCCCCACUCCGUGCCGGCUGUGAAUGGACAUCUGUAGCUGUGCCUCAGCACCCUCUGGGCCUGGGGGUCACACUCAGAGCCUCUCUCCCUCCUCCACUUGCUCGCUGCACUGGAACCAACAGGCCGGAUGCUUGGUUGAAUUUUCUGAACGGGAAGUAGAAUCACUCUUUGGCAGAACCCCUUCCAAGAGAGUUACAAGGAUCCAGUCCCUUAGGACUGUAGAAAGCUGCAGUUUACCAAGUUGCCUUUUGCCCUUCUACCUGGGGAACUAGGCUGAAGAGGCAGGAAGGCCCGUUGGAGUGAUCGUGUGCCACUGUUGACUUUGGUCCUAUUUGUGAAGGGAGGGACAAGGGCCAGACCAGAGGGCCAGGAGCUGAUGGCGUGGGCCUUACCCCAGGAACUUCAGUGGCCUCAGCCCAGAUGGUACAAAGUGGGGCAAACCUGUCUUCACUGGCACCGUUGCCUGUGACAUGAGGACGCAGACAGUCCCAGAUGCCAGGCAGUAUUCUUUCCCCGAGCCAUCCCAUGACCAAAGGCCCCUGCCAGAUGUGAGCUGAAGCAGGUGUGUGUGAAAGCGAUGUGGCAGCUGCCGACUGCAGUGCGCAUGACCAGCUCCCCUUCCUCCUCAGCCCAAGCCUGUCCCCUGCACAGCCUCGCACAAACUGUGUUGCCUGGUGGGGCCCAGUGCACUUAAUAAAGUUGUUCCAGUAGACACACGA